UCUCGGAGAUUUUGGUAACAUCCUGGAAUCUGGUGUGGAAUAUCAGUUUUUCCUGGACUCAAGAAGUCAUUCUAAUGAAAACAAAUUGGAUUUUGACAUCAGCAAACUGAGAAAAGAGAUGCUGUGUGUGCGUGAGUCUGGGGACUGCCUCAGGGAGCAGAUGCAGUGCGUGAUGAAGACUCUGCAGGACCUGAAGCAGAUGAAACAGGGGUUUAGGGCCGCCGUCAACCCCAGCCCCCUGUCUGCGAAUGCCCGAGGCUGUCAGAAGAGGGUGCUGCAGAGGGAGCGCCUUGCUCGGCUCCGCAACUCUGACAUCUCCGAAACGGGCACCUACGACUCAGCCUUUUGCUUGGCAACGACGCAGGAGGAAGAUGGCAGCGUCCGAUUGGGUGUGGGCUCCCCCAGCAGUGAGAAGAGUCUGGAGUUUGACUCGGGUUACUCAGAGGCGUCCUGGCAAGAUGAUCCAGUUGUUCUUAGAAGGAGCAGAAACAUCAGGGUGUCUUCUGGGGCUUGUCUGCGUACCAACCGAGCUCCAAGUGGUCGAGUGAGGCCCAAAUCCACCUCGGACGCUUGCUUGGAGCGUUGGACCUCCUUUGAGUCCAACGACCCUGAGGAUUGGACUACCUCUUUGCUCACAAGGGGACGUAACCGCCAACCUCUAGUCCUGGGUGACAACAGCUUUGCUGACCUCAUUGAGAACUGGAUGGACCUCCCUGACUGUCCAGAAGCGGCUGAACUGAAGCCCAAUUCAGGACGUCGCUUGGCCAAAGACUUUAUGCUCAACAUGCGCCGCAAGCUGGCUGGCAUGUCACGGAAUGGGGACGACCGGGGGAAAUCAGUUGUGGGUAACCAAGCUAACAGAGCGGGAGCUCCCAAGCGCCUCUCCUGUCCAACCAGCUUCCAGGUCCGAGCUCCCUUCUUCCACCAGUCACACACAGGGCUCCACGAAAUGGGAACAGGCUUUUACCAAUUCACCGAACUCAUGAAAACUGGGAGCCGGCAACCGAUCAUCUGCAACGACAUCAUUGGUUAUAUUUAACCAGCCAAAAUCAAACCUACAAACUAUUCUCUCCUUUUGUAUUUUGUAUUAUUUUGAUGGUUUAUAUUUCAUAUUCAAAAUGUUAUAUUUUUCUUGAAAAAUAAAU